UUGGCUCCACUAAAACAAGCUAGCCUACUGGAUGUUGUGACAUACACAAUGGAUGUCGAAUGAAGUCGUGGGACUACACGAGUGGCUUUGUGAGUUUCUUUUCUUUCACACGGACUGUUUCGACUUGCCUUUGUUACCUCUGUCCUGUUAUCUCGAGCCGCAGUCCAAAAAUCAGCGAGCAAGACAGGGAGUACAAAGGGAGAGAGAGAGAGAGAGAGAGAGAAGGAUUUAACUCCGCCUCCGACUCGACCAUCUCGCAUUCUUCAUACUCUCCUUUCCAGAUUACAGAAGGCUAGAGAAAAGAGAGACGAACAGGGCACGCGAGAAGGGGAGUAGGAUGAACAUGGCAAUACCCAGAACGUCUGAGCGCUUUCAAUCCGAUCACAACACGCGUCUGACAUCGAUUUGGGCAUGGAUCACUCGCAGCAGAGACAGAGUCCAGAUGACUGACGUUACACCUGGGCUUUGGACAAAAUGAGGGUCAUCUACAUCCAGAACGCCGGCUUCGUCGCUGCUUUCUCGGGAGGCAAUGACGGUUGAGGUUUUUAGCUGUGACUUUGAGAAAUUGGCUGUAUUUCACGGUACAUUAUUAUAGGCUAUGCAACGCCCUUAUUAACGAAGAAAAACUGGUAGAUCAUGCCAGUUUACGCAAAACGAAAGAGAAAGAUAGCUCAAUAUCGUAUGUAUUGAGAACUGGUGUAUCGUUUCGAAUGACAAUAGUGAGAGGUGCUGUUAAGUGGCAUAGGCUACUUACCUGAGGGAUUUGUUUAACAUCGAACGUAGGCUAGAUGGUGCCACUGGCAACAUCAAGUCGCAUGUUUGAUUUUUAUCAUUGCUAGCUACUUACGAUUAGACACUUAUAAUAUGACAUGUACAUUAUAUAUGACCCGUCAGUUUAUAGCCAACUCAUAAAAGAUCCGUUCAUUUUAUAAUGGUAUAGCCUAUUUAAUUAAUUAAUUAGUCAAGUCAUUUUUUUUUUUAAAUGUGAUAACCGACUAUGUAGAUUAGACUCCUUGUCUAAUAGAUAUAACAAAUGCGAGUGAUCCAUAGACAGUCUUAGAUCUUAGAUGUUAAUUAUAAUUAAUCAUUUACUUCGUUAUUUAUUUAUUUAUUAAGACUAUUACUAGGGCUCUUAGUAUUAUAUUAUCAAUAUUUGCCUAUUAGAAACAUAACGUUGGGGAAGAAUUAGUAUUAGCUUUCCUGAAAAUGGAGUCAGGUUGUGCAUCACCUCAAAGCGUCUCUCGUACUGAGGCUGAACCCGUUCGGUCCUCAACGGGGAAAACCGGAGGGGGCGAGUCGCCUGCGACAUCACCUGCCGGCCACCCUGUGCCAGAAUCACCAACAACGGGUGACGGCAGGAGAAGUUUGGGCGUUAAGAAACACCACCACAAACACAACCUGAAACAUCGUUACGAGUUGCUGGAGACUCUGGGAAGAGGGACAUAUGGCAAAGUUAAAAAAGCCAUUGAAAGACACUCCGGUCGAGAGGUGGCCAUCAAGUCCAUCCGGAAGGAGAAGAUCAAGGACGAGCAGGACAUGGUGCACAUUCGCCGCGAGAUCGAGAUCAUGUCGUGCCUCCGUCAUCCACACAUCAUCUCUAUCUAUGAAGUGUUUGAGAACAAAGACAAGAUUGUGAUUGUUAUGGAGUACGCCAGCAAAGGCGAGCUGUACGACUACAUCAGUGAGCGACGCAGGCUGAACGAGCGUGAGACUCGACACUUCUUUCGACAGAUAGUCUCUGCCGUGCACUACUGUCACAAGAAUGGCGUGGUGCACAGGGAUCUGAAACUGGAAAACGUGCUACUAGAUGAAAACUGUAACAUUAAAAUUGCUGAUUUUGGCCUUUCCAACUUGUACCACAAGGACAAGCUCCUGCAGACAUUCUGUGGGAGUCCGCUGUACGCUUCGCCAGAGAUAGUCAACGGGAGGCCCUAUCGUGGCCCUGAGGUGGAUAGCUGGGCGCUGGGUGUGCUGCUGUACACUCUGGUCUACGGGACCAUGCCUUUUGAUGGAGGAGAUCACAAAAACUUAAUUCGACAAAUCAGCAAUGGGGAGUACAGGGAGCCUACUCAGUCUUCAGACGCCCGCGGUCUGAUCCGCUGGAUGCUGAUGGUGAACCCCGAGCGGCGGGCCACGGUGGAGGACAUCGCCAACCACUGGUGGGUCAACUGGGGCUGGAAGAACAGCGUGUGUGACUGCGAGGCCCAGCGGGACGCUGGCUCCCCCAUGCUGGCUCGUUUCAUCGACUGGCAGAACCGCGCAGAUCCCCGGCCCGCCAAAGCCACCCGCCCCGAACCACUGCUGCUCGUCCGCCAGCGACCCAAGAAGUCCAAGAAGGAGAAUGACGCAGGGGCGCCCCACUGUGGCGGGGAGGACAACCUGGAGCUGAAGCGACCCAAGGGGAUCCUGAAGACCAGGCCAUCAGACGAGCAACGCUCCCCCAGUCCGGAGGAGAUACAUUUAGGUCCUGCUGCCGAAGUUCCAAAAGGGGACUUGAUAACUGGUGCUAAAGAAGAGGAAGAGGGGCCUCCGCUGACAGGAAGCUCACCCACUAAAACGGUGCCCAGUCUACCCAAGAAGGGCAUCCUGAAGAAUAACCAACAACGGGAAUCAGGGUACUACUCCUCACCAGAGCGCAGUGAGUCCUCCGAGUUGCUAGGGGGCAGCAUCACGCCUCUCGUGGCCAGCUCACCACCGAAGAGGGCUGUGGGCAGAAAGGGAAUCUUGAAACGCAAUGGCAAGUACUCCACCUACAGCGCCAUGCCAUCCAUGAGCGUACUGGGCGAGCCGCAGUCCGCCGACGCCGGCUUGUCCCGCAGCCAGAGUCGCCCAUCCAGCAUCGUGGGCGAAGACAGCGUUGUCCUUGCCAACAACUCGUUCAGCGGAGCGGAGUGGCCUCCCUCUGCCCCGAGGCCCAACAUCCGAGGCUGCGCGUCCGCCGAGAAUCUGCUUCAACUGGCCAACUUCAAGGGCCUCCAGACCGCGCCACCUCUCCCCGGGGCCAAGUUUGGUCGUGGGCCACGGGGAUCCCCCGGGGACAACAGCAGCUUCUCCCUGCUGGGUGACCUGGAUGAUAUGACUCAGGUAUACCAGCAAGCCCUAGACAUCAGCAGCAACCUGACCUAGAGGUGGAGACGAGAGAAAGAAAGAAAGAAGGUGAAAGAGAGGUAGAAAAGAAAGAGAAGGGAGGGACAGAUGGAGAGAGAGGGAGGAGGGCUGGCCGGUGGUGCCAUGUGACUGGUUGUGGGAGGGUAUGUGAAUGUCUUUGUGUGCUUUAUAAUGACGACCAGUGUGGUGCUGGGAUAUGCUGAAGGGGAGAAUAGCUGUCCACUGUGGGAUCAAAUCAUGCAGGAAGCUAUACUCACAAACACACACACACACAUACUGUAAGUCUCAAGGACGAAAAAAAAAAGAGUAGGGGAAAGUGAGAUGUGCUAUAAUGAGAUUGGCCCACCCCGGUCCGUCUCCCUUGCUCAAGUGCUGCAGCCAAAUGUUUACAUGUUCAUUUAAAACCAAGAGGUAGAAUCACAAACACAAGACACCAUACAGUGGUUGGCUCUCAGGAACAGGAGGGUAAAACUGCUCAUUGAGCAAAGAGAGUUAAACUGAGUUUACAAAGGCACCUUAAAACUCACCCAGAGCACAUGUUUUUGUGAUCUUUACUUCCUGUAAAAGAGUUAAAAAAAAGAAAAGAAAAGAAAAAAAAAUCAAACCAGGGUCUUGCUCCAAAAGAACUAUCAUUGUUAAUUAUUUAUUAAUAUUUAGCCUAGAUGUAGUGAUACAAAACUGGUGUGGUCUGGCUGUACUGGAAGAGUGAAUAAGCUCAAUGUCUCCAAUCCCUUUGUAUGGAAUUGACAUAUAUGAUUAUUGUGUUAUUCAAUUAAAUGACCUAGCAUAUUCGAUAUAUCUCGAGGACCGCUUAUGUAAAACAAAAGGUCACAUAUAUCACAACACAUAUAUGUCCUAUAUAUAUAUAUAUAUAUAUAUAUAUAUAUAUAUAUAUAUGUAUGUAUAAAUAUAUAUAUAUAUAUAUAUAUUAAAAAAAGAAACAUAUGUAUGAUAUGUAUGGGACUAUGUAGGAAGUGCCUUUUUUCGAUUCAUAUGAAAUUAUGUAUGUCAUUUCCUAAAAGUGGAGAGAGAGAUGCCAGGUUAAGCCAUCACCAGAUGUGCUCUUUGAGUUGUACUGAAUGUGGAAAAGACCCAGGACCUCGAGGCACGGAGCCUCUCUUAGGGAUGUCAAAGGUGACAGUGCCAAACAGGAUCAGUAGAUACAUCUGCAACCCCAGUCUGUACACAAGCCAUGUUGUCUUCACUACUUAGAUUUCACUCAUGCCAUUUUUUUUACGGUUUCAUUCACACAAGACUCAGACAGCGACAUGAAUAUAAAGAGAACUCGCUCUCUCUCUCUCUCGUGCCUUAUUUGUUUUCCCUUGGAUACCCGUUCCGGGCGGUCUCAUGAUUGGACUCAAUUGCUGGUAAAACACUCUGGACACACUCACCUUAACCAAGGUUUACAAAGGUAGAAGUCUCAGACACACUCUCAGUUCCUAGGAAUGUUCUUUUGGGGGGGGGAAUCAUAAUUUGCUUUUCCACUUUGUUUUGUCUGGAGGGCCCUGAAGGAGACCUUCUGGUUUAAAUCCCCCCCCCCCCUUUUGUCUUCGGAGGCGCCAUUUCCAUACCGAUUGAUUAGUAGCCAGAAGAGUGAGCAGGGGUGAUUAUGGUCCAGGAAUUUCAUUUUUGCGUGAUGUUCAGUUUGUUAUCACAACAUGUCACAAGUGAACUUUGAAACUCCAGACCUGUUUCAGGAAAAAAAAAAAGUCAAGUAAACAGAUUUGCUGGAAGGGAGUGAUGAGAUGACAAAUUCCACAGUCGUCAGACAUGUUGGCACAAGAGAUCUUAUCAGUGCUAGACUUUGUGGCCUCUUCUGUGUUUGUCACCAUCCCUUAUUCAGUGUGGCAAGACAUUUAGUGAAAUGUGCUUUUCGGUCUAAGUGCAGUAGAUUUCGGAAAGAAGAAGUCUUCUUUUUUUUCUUUAGUUUUUUUUUCUUUAAUCUUUGGAAGAGAAAUAGAAAGUCUGAGUGAUGUAGAAGUCAGUGGUGUAGAGAGAGAAAUGGUUAGAGUAUCACAGUAAGUUGGUGUAAACAGUAGAAGGAAAGAGAUGGUAUGGACUAAGGUCCUAACUAGAAUGAGUUUGUUGUUGCCUUUGUUAGGCCGCAUAGGAAAGAAAGAGAAACGUAAGUGUUGAUGUAAUGAGUAGCAAAAGAAAGUAGCAAUAUGAGAGACAAAUGGAAAGUUUACUUUGACGCCAAAGAAGAACGAAAGCUUUAAGUUUACUAGUUCAUUUAGAAGUGUGCAAAUGUACAGUAUGUUAGAGAUAGUACUUCAGUUGAGUAAAAGAAAGAUUUUUGUUUUGAGGAGCCUUAUGUUUUGCCAUUCUGGAGUGUGGAUGAGAUUUGAGUUUGUGAGCCACAGUUUGGGUGGUCAGCAGAAGGGGGGAUCAGGGAUGUCUCCAGUUGGAUUGAUAUCUGCACCCUGUCACUCUUGGUGUAAACCUCCUCGAGACAGAUAACCCUCUUUGCACACCAGACCAAACCAAAGCAAAAGAGUCGGAGCCCAUUAACGAACGACUAUCCCUCAAUAGCCAUUACUGCAGACGCAACACAGGUCAUAAACACGCUUCCCAUGAGUGUGUUCUUGAGGUUUAGGGAGAGUGAGCUUCAUGCCACAAUGCAUUCUGUUGUAAAUAGAGGGGUACAGAGAACUACAGUACCUGAAAUUGUGAAAUACUGAGUACCGUGAUAGGAAGCUCAUUUUGAAGAGUCUUGACCACCAGUAUAUGCAAACCCUGAGAAGUGAAAACUCACUGCGUACAUCCAAAGGCUCAAGCGUGCGACAGAGGUCCUGGGUAUUGUUCAAAAAGAGACACCCAUUGUGUAUCAUAUUCUAUUGCAUUUUUUUUGUAUUGCAUCGUAUUGUCAACUGGAUUUACAGUGAUAAAAUUAUACUAUGUUAGUAUUUUAAAAAUACUUUUCUGUUUUUGAUUCUCCAAAAUAUAGAAUCUUUAUAUUGCUUUAUGUUAUGGCAGAACCCAGUAUGUGUUCGUUCGAGUCUAGUUAUAGUCAGAGGCCCCACCCCCUCCACACAUUAGUCCAUGGCUUGUGAGGGAGUAGUGGGUUAGACCAUGUGGUUUGUCAGUGUGUGCACAUCAUGUGCAAAGUGAAUGAGCAGCUGCUCUGAGAAAAAGUCCCGGCGAACUGGUUAAAACCAGGGUUAAGGGUGCAGUGAGCCAUUUUUGUUCUGCCCUUGUUAUCAUUCAUUCUACUGACCUAUUGACAUUGAACGGGGCCUCUUUAAAACUCACCUCUGUUUUUACAUCAUUAUGAUCAUUGUCCAUACAAGGGAUAUGAGAGACGCUUGUCUUGUUAGCAGAGUCUUGGCACUGUUUUUAAAAUGAACGCCACACUGACGUGCCAUGUCCAAGACUACACAAAGCCACACUUAGCACGAGAUACUGUAUGUCUUCGCUCAAACAGAGUAACUUUAGAGCAACAUCAGGUCCCGAAAGUGAGUAGACAGAUUCAUAGACCAUGCUUUCUGCCAAACUGGAAAUAACUGGUGCAUACUCAUUAGUUAGCAGAGGGCCUAAUCAUAGGAAAACUUGACUGGAUAUUGUUAUGACAAUAAUAAUAAUAAUAGUAUUAUGUUAUUUAAGUAUUAUUUUGUUACGGUUCAUUACUAUUGUUGGCUGAAGCCACGAUUUAUCUUUUUUUUUUUUAAGUUUAUUUUUUUCUCUUCUUGAAAACCUGGACUGCCAAGGUGAUUUGUGUUCAGUGCCUUUGCUAUCUUUUAUGAUCAUGAUCAUUCAUUUUUUUGAUAAAGAAAAAUAAAUACCAUUGUGUUUUUAUACGCCUAUUUAUUGGUAGGGAAGCCAUGUUUGACUUAAUGCUACUUACUCCAUGCCCAACUCAAACCUGUAUUCAGACAUUUGUAUAUGACAUAAAUUGUGGUGACGGUAGAGAGCAUGUUUUUACUGUGCGUUUAGGGAAUUGAUGGUGGUAGUUUGUAGGUGAAUGGGAGAUGGUAAAAGAUGUGUCCUCCAUUUAUGUUCAUUCAAUCAAAACCACUGUAACACCAACUUCAAUAAAAUGGAACAUUUCAAGGA